UCAGAUUGAGCCAUUGGAAAGAUAAUACCCAAAUUAUUAUUUUCGGAUAUACAGAAUACGCUGUAGUCAACAAAAAAACGGAUUGCAACUUGCAAAACAAGCGGGAAGAAAGUUACAGAUGAAGGUGCAACAACGUCCAACUUUGUUCUACAUUUGAAGCUGCACAAAGGAGCAAUAUAGCCGACAGCUAUAUAUAACUUUGCUCGUAUAACAUGUAGGCUAACAUAACAAAUGAGCCUCCACACAGUCAGCCAGUGCGGGAACUUGGUCAUUGCACCCAAGAUUGAGACCAGGCAAGAUUGUGCUACUGCCCCGCUCAAUUAUUUUUUUAUAUGCUUUCAGAUUUGAACAAUACCAGAUGAACAAAAGUGUCACAAGUGAACCACAACAAUCUCCAAUCUCACAGAUCAUGGAGACCCGUGUAGGGCAGGACAGCAUGAAUCAUCCACAGCAGAAAGCUAUCAACAAUGCAAUACUGUCCGACCUGGUUAUCGAUUGCAACUUGCCUCUGUAUAUUGUGGAAAACAAGAGUUUUCGUCACAUUCUGUCAGUGGAUGACAGCAUGUACAGCCCAGUGUGUCGUAGAACAUUGACAUCAAAAGUUGAGAACCUCGCUACAGAGAGACGUUCAAAACUGAAAUCUCAGUUGAGCAACACAGACAAUGUGUCUGUCACAGUGAACAUUUGGUCUGACUAAAGGAUGAGGGGGUUCCUUGGUGUCACUGUGCACUGUAUGGAGAGAGGAUACAGCUCUUGGCCUGUCUCCGCUUUAAAGGCCCACACACGGCCGAAAGAAUCUGUGAGCAAUUUGAAGCCAUAUGUGGUGAGUACAGCGUUAAAGAUAAAUUAGACUAUAUCAUUAAUGACAAUGCUCUCAACAUGAGAAAAGCAUUCAUGGUGUGCUUCCCCAUUGAACAAGAAGAUGAAGUACAUGACGAAGAUCAUCUUGAUGACCCAGAGCUCUGGAAUGACCUAACCCUUUAAAGACCAGCAAACAGUGAAUGCUGCUAUUGCAAGUAAAGCAGCGCUUGCAGUGUUUUGCUCACACUCUCCAGCUGGUGGUGGGAGAUGGCUUGAAAGAAACAAAAGUGAUGACUCCUCUUUCAAAGUUAUCAAAAAUCAGCUCACUGCUACAUACAAGCACAACAUUCAAAGAGGUGUUUGAGGCUGACUUUGGGGAAAGAGGCAUCCCUGCUGCUGCCAACACAAGAUGGAACUCAACACUGAGACAAGUGAAGGCAGUUAUACCAAUGUGCUCAUCGAAAGCUCAGUCAUGUUCUAGAAAAGGCUGGGCACAAGGAGUUGUUGUUCACAGUACAGGAGUGGAAUAAGUUGAAGGAGUUGGUGGACAUCCUGAGGCCAAUUGGAGAAGCAACAGAUAUGACACAGGGGGGGAAGAUAGUCAAAGUCAGUUCUGUUGUUCCCUCGGUCCUGUCCCUGAAUCACCACCUGGAGCAGCGGAAGCCUCAAGUCCAUUUCCUGAGCGGCCUGGUCAGAAUUCUCCAGGCAUCCCUGAACAAAAGAUUUCUUGGAAUCUUCAUCAAUGUGAAGAUGGCCAGGACACAAGAUGGAAUCGCUGCCCCCUUUUCAGAUCCAGUCUACCUCAAAGCAGCUGCCUUAGAUCCGGAUUUUUCUCUGAUGUGGGUGGAGCACCAUGUGCUGGUCAAGGAGGAGGUGGCACAAAGAGUGAAAGAACUGAUUCUGCAAGAUGCUACAGGGACUGAGCAAGCUGUGCCUCUUGUUGAUGAGGAAGUGCGAGAGGACCAUAGUCUUGGACAAGAAGAAGGGCUGUUUGCAGCAUACUGUAAGAGGCAGAAGAAAGCUGUUGAUACCACUCCAGCACUACAGCUAAGUCACUACCUUGACAUAUGCGAAGGACAGAAUGCCCUCUUGUUCUGGGCAAUGAACAGGAAGGCUCUUCCUUCGCUCUCCCGAGUGGCCAUCAGAGUCUUGGCAGUGCCUGCCUCCAGUGCUCCGGUGGAGCGUGCCUUCAGCCAGGGUGGCAUCAUUCUGUGGCCUCAUCGUGCACAAAUGACUGACUGACUUUUAGCUAAUUUGGUCUUUUGCAAAUGCAAUGCAUCAUAGGGCCCUGAGAUAAGAGAAAAAUGAAACUGUUUAUGCAUUACACACACACACACACACGUAGUCUCCAUGUUCAGGUUUUAUCUCCCAUCUUUGGGAUCUGUAUUUUUUUCUCAGACAUUCAGGCCGGCGUUCAAAUUGUUGGCCUACUUGAAGUUCAGUGUCAGUUGUUUGAUGUACCUUUUAAUAAAUGAUUGUAACUUUAUGGCAGGAUUGUUUUACGUGUCUAGAGUAUAUCUGGAGAGCGAGAGAGAGAGAGCACUACAAUAUUUAGUUUUUGUUGUCAUAUUGAUG